AUGAGCAAGAACAUUAAAGAGCUACGGGAAGCGCUGCAACGGCAAACCCAAGAGACCUUGAAACUCCAGGAAGAAGCAACCAAGUUCUCAGUGGAAUCCAUAACGCGGCGAGAAGGGGCUUCCUCUCCUUCCAACUUGACAAGUUUAGGUGCUUCCGUUCCAUUUAUAAGCAGCGCGAAUCUACCGUCUUCCAGCAAGCGCAACUCAGUGAUGGAGGGCUCCGCUUGCUCCACUCCUACUUCUGCUGGCACCAGCCCUCCCAAACUCUUGUUUUCUCAAUACGAGUUGGACAUUGAGACCCUGAAAAAACCCACUAGUUAUCCCAGGAAAGAACAGAUCGAUACCAUCUUGGAAGAAUAUGCUCAGCAAGUCAGAGAUCUUCAGAAGAGGCUAAGUGAAGCUACAGAACAACAUGAGCAACAGAAAUUCACUUUCAGACAGACAAUAAUUGAGUUGCAGACAAACCUUCGGGAGGCAAUAAGGGAAAAAGACUCAAUUACUGAUCUCAGACGAAGAGAGUCCCAAACCCAAGAGGACCUCAACUGCAAGCUGAAGACCACAGUUAAUGAGCUGCAGACAGCCAACCUGCUUCAGGAGGAGAUGCUGAAGGAAGCCAACAACCAAGCAGAGCAUCUGAAGAAGAUGAUACAGGGCCAUGAAGAUGUGCUCCAGGAACUCCGGAAUGUCCUAUUGAAUUACGAAGAGAACACAGGCAAGAAGAUCUAUGAACACGAGAGCAUCACCAACCUCCAUGUCUGCAACUUGCCCUCCGCUUUCGGCAAAGUCCUGCGAGAUCUAGACGCAGAGAUGUGUCGUCUCAGAAGCAGGCUUGUCCCACUGGAAGAGCAAAUGGAAACGAUGAAGAGAGAAUCGCAGUCCAAGACCGAGCUUUUGCUCCAUCAGCAUCAAGAGAGUGUUGAGAGGCUGAUCAGUGAACAUGAACAGGAAUUGGAAAUACUGAGUGAAAAAGCGAAUGCUUCCCUCAGCCAUGCAAGCAAUAUCCAAAGCCAGAUGGAAAUCAUUCAAGAGCAAGCAAGAAACCAGAAUGCAUUGUACAUGCGCCAGAUCAAUCAGCUCGAAAGCACGGUGUCUCAGCUGCGUUCCGAGCUACGAGAAUCAAGGAGGAUGUCUCAGGACAAGAUAGAAGAUCUGGAGAAACAGCUGCACCUGGUUCACUCCGAGAUGGCUGAGGCUCAGAUCGAGAGGGAUCAGUACAGCCAGGAAUCUGGAAACUUAGACGAUCAAGUUCAGCAACUGGUGAGUGACCUGCAUAAGAAAGAUAUGGAGCUCAAUUUGGAAAAAGAGCAGAAUAAGCGGCUCUGGGAUCGAGACACCGGCAGCAGCAUCACCAUUGACCAUUUGCGAAGAGAACUGGACAACAAGAACAUGGAGCUGCAGCGCAUGGAUUCCCUCGUGAAGUCCAUGAAGAUGGAGUCUCAGGGACAAAUCGAACGUCAGAUGUCUGCCAUUAGAGAGAAGAAUGAAAGCGUAGAGAGGGUGGCUUCCAUGUCUGCCCAACAAGAGUCAACGAAGGACAUGCUCCAUAAAGUUGUCGAAGAGCUGACCGAAAAGAAGAUAAGCUUAGAGGCCAGCGAGAAGCAUGUGGCUGAGCUGACCGCGUGCCUGCAAGAGAAAGAAAGCGUGAUUGAAUCAACCAACGAGGAGAUCCAGAAGCUCCGUGGGCGGGUGGACAGCAAAUUGCAAGAGCUCCAUCAGCUGAAGAGCGAGGGCGAUUGCCUGCGGAGCGUGCAGUCCGAGUGUGAGUCCUUGAAGCUGCAGCUGAUGGAGAAGGAGAAGGUGGUGGAGAUCCUACAGAAGCAAAUCGAGAACAUGACCCAGAUUGUAGGCCAGCACAGCCGGACAGCCGGCGCGAUGGAGAUGGAAAAGUCUCAGCAUUUGAAAGAAAUUAGCGACAAGAAACUGGAGCUCCAAGAACUGAAGAUUUUGCAGGACAAGAAGGAUAGUCACAUCCGUGAGUUGGAGGCCAGCGUGAGCGAGAUGGAAUUGGAGAGGGUGAAAUUGAUGAACUCGAGCUCCGACAGGCUCCGAGUACUAAAAGAGAUGAAAUUAGAAAGAGAAGAGCUUGUGAAUGAAAUAAAAACCAGUCGCAUUGAGCUCGUUGCACUUGCAGAGGAAACUGAAGUUCUAAAAGCUGAUUACCGAGAGAAAAGUGAAGAGCUGGAAGCUACCGUGACCAAGCUGAAAGUGCAGCUGAAGACCGCUCAAAUUGAACUGGAGCAAACCAGGGCCACCUUGAAAACAAUGGAAGGGUCUGACGGCCACGCAAUGAAAGUUGCAAUGGGGAUGCAGAAGCAAAUCACAGCCAAACGAGGACAAAUAGACGCUUUGCAGAGCAAGAUUAAGUUCUUGGAGGAAGCCAUGAACAACGCAACCAAGGAAAAGCAUUAUUUGAAAGAAGAGAGACACAAAUUAAGCCAGGAACUUGGCUGCAUGGCUUCUUUGAACAACAAAAUGGCAGGAGAGUUGGAGAUUGUAAAGUCACAGGACAAGCGCUUGAAAGACAAGCUUGCUACCAUGGAGGCAGCUCUGGACAAGGCAUCUAUGCAAUUUGCAGAAUGUCAGUGCAUUAUGCAGCGGCAGGAACAGGAAGUGAUGCGCUUCAAGCUUCAACACACUUUGGAUGUAAAAGAGUUACAGGGCCCAGGAUAUACACUGGGACCCUCUGCAAUGAAGCAGCGCCAUUCAGCCUUGCCUCACUCCCACCCAUCCAGCGCUCCAACGUCCCAAUCCUUUGCAGGCCACAUCACUCUCAUGCAUUCCAGACCUAACUCUGCUAAAGAGGACCCGUUGCGAGAUUUAAAGCACCUACUUCAUGAAUUGCGAAGUACAAUCGAUGAAAUUCCCUCUACAAUUCUUCCCAGAAGAGAAAGUGACAGCGAGAGUGACUCAGUUAUAGAAGGCCCUACCCAUAUAUUAGACCUUGCGAGCAGAGAAUGCGUUGGCAGAAGAUCAUUUGAUUCUUACAGCAGGGAGGCUGCAGUCAGAGAUUUGCCUUCAGAUGUCUCCACGGGGCAAGAGACUUUCAGCAGGGAACCUUUAAAGUUACACGUUGCAGACCUUGAGGAACAUGAUGCGACCCUCCCGUUCACAUCCAGCGCGUCUCAGUCGAUCUUCAGUUCCACUCCUCGUUUUACCUCUUCGAAGAAACUGUCUCCCGAGGAGAGGUAUAAAGAUAGGUCUCCCGUGCACUCGCUGUUAACUGCUCCGCUGGAUGACCUUAAGGCAACUCCUGCACCCUCUUUGGAGCGCCGGUCGAGUCUGAAGAAGAGUGGCUCCCCGGAAGCCACAGCCUCAGUCGCCAGUAGAACAAAUAUUUCCUUUUCUACUGGUUCGUCUAUUCAGACAGGGGAAGCCAACGGAAAAGAAUGCAGGAAACUACAGAACAAGAUGGAGAGUCUGCAAAACCUGGUGGAAACGUUGCAGUUGAAAAACCAAGCCAUGUCUACAAUGAUCAGAUGCCAGGAAAAAAAGAUUGAGCAAGCCAAGGAAAAGGAGAAGAAGCUGUCCAAAUGAAACGUGGUAUGGUUUUUAAUCACUCAGAUGUAUCUAGAUUGUGCUCUGUUGAAUGGAAUGUUAAGAGCCUACUGCAACUGUGUAAUAAUAAAAGUUGA